GGCUUACUUCUUGUUCAACUUCACCUCGUACUUCCCAAAAAAAUUUAAAUGCGUAGGCACCGUGUCUGAGGUCUGGUGCUACCCCGUGACCGGAUGCCAGGGUUUGAGCUCUGAGACAGGACAGUGUAUGACCUCUGGUCUUGCUAUCAUGGGUGUAAGGGACAGGAGUUUUUUUAUUGGCGUCAAUAAAGGUAUGAAUGAAGCGGUGCUGUACGUCUCUCCUAACUUGAAACAAAUACAAGCUUUGACUGACGGCCGGAAUUUAACCCUAUCGUUUCCAGAGAAACCAGAAAUUAAAUAUACUCUACGUCGACCAUCGCUGGCCCCUGCACUAGUACAGUACACCAUGAGUUACAUGGGAGCAUCUAUAGCAGUGGACGCUUGUACUGGCGAGAUCAACAAAUGGCUGGACGAUUGUUUGGAAGAGGAGGGUCUGACCUUCUUCACCACAAGCCAACGGCACAGUCACACAAAUAAGAACUAUCGGCAUUCCGUCUACGUCUUCGCCACUGAGAGCUCCGUAGAAUCCCUCAAUGACCAUUUGCAUUAG